GCAUUUCGAAUUGAACGUCGUCGCUGCCAAAUUUCAGUUUGUAAGUAAAAAUAGCGCACGAGUGCAUUAGCACAAACUGCAUUCGAUUUUUGCUACUCAGUGCCAUACAUUUCCAAGUUCUACCAUCGUGGAAAAGUGCAUCAAGCUGCGACUAGUGCAUAGUUUUUUUCCAACUUAAAUUAUACCAAUAAACUAAGUAAACCAACAUGGGACACCAUCCGGAACCGAAAAUCUACAUCUCAGACAAACUACCAGAAGGACUGCGCAAAAAUAUGCAACUCUUCCAGGCUAAGAACACGUUACCUAUUCACCUGAAAGGUGGCCCAGCGGACAAGGUUCUUUUUCUGACAACAGUUGCGUUGUGUGGAGUUGGUAUUCUUGGCACUCUCAAGUUGAUUUACCAAUUGGGAUUCACUGGUAAGAAAUCGGACUAAAACAUGUUAGCUCUAGUGAAAUAAAACAGUAUGACAUUGUGUAUAAAACAAAAGUUUAAUUAAAUUUCCUCCGAACCAUAUAUAUCUGGUUUAGUGAUCUGAUAAGUUAUGUUAUUGCAAUCAUAAAUAAAAAAAAUGUUUCCGACGCCUGUAGUAGCACCUAUUA